CUGCUUUGGACUGAGAACAGGAGGCUCCCAGCUCCCCGUCCCACUGCUGCCCAGCCCAGCGGCAUCAGAGGACGCCAGGUUCCCAGGAAGCAGCUGAGACAGGGCCAUGAUGAAGACCCCACGGGGCAGCGUCCCAGGGCUGCUGCCACUGAUGCUCCUGAGUCUGCUCCACGUCUCCUGGGCCCAGAGUGGCUGCAUUGGGCACCCGGCCAUCCCUGGCAUCCCGGGCAUCCCCGGGGCACCGGGCUCCGACGGCAAACCAGGGACUCCAGGGAUAAAGGGAGAGAAAGGGCUGCCGGGGCUAGCCGGAGACCACGGUGAGUUUGGAGAGAAGGGGGACCCAGGGUUUCCUGGGAUUCCGGGAAAAGUCGGCCCCAAGGGCCCCGUUGGCCCCAAAGGUGCCCCAGGGCCUCCCGGAGUCCGUGGCCCCAAGGGUGAAUCAGGAGACUACAAGGCCACGCAGAAAAUCGCCUUCUCGGCCACGCGCACCAUCAACAGCCCCCUGAGGCGGGACCAGGUCAUCCGCUUCGACCACGUGAUCACCAACACCAACAACAACUACGAGUAUCGAAACGGCAAGUUCACGUGCAGGGUGCCCGGCCUCUACUACUUCACCUACCACGCCAGCUCUCGAGGGAACCUGUGCGUAAACCUCAUGCGGGGCCGGGAGCAGACACAGAAGGUGCUCACCUUCUGCGACUAUGCCUACAACACCUUCCAGGUCACCACGGGCAGCGUUGUGCUCAAGCUGGGGCUGGGGGAGGCCGUCUUCCUGCAGGUCACCGACAAGAACGCCCUGGUAGGCAUCGAUGGGGCCAACAGCAUUUUCACCGGAUUCCUGCUCUUCCCAGAUGCAGAGGUGUGACCUGUGGGUCCAAUUCACCCCCUCCCCUGCCAGCCACGCUCUCUUUACCCCCAACACCAGCCCCCACGUGGCCAAAACACACAGUAGGGCUCCAUGGAUGUUGCUGAAUGAAUGAGUAAAUAAACUUUUCAAG